CGCUCGGCGGUGGGUAGUAAACUACGGCUCUGAUCGGUGAUGCCGUCGGUGAUACUGAUAGAUAGUGUAGAAAGUCGGAAUAGCCUAUAAAUAUAUAAGCCUAUAAAUAUAAGUUACAAUUUUUCGUGAAAAAUAUUGGUGUAAGCACGGACUCAGAUGUGUGCAUUCAGCUUGCAAAAUGUUGGAACCAUCACAAUUUCCCAUGCAGUCAGACCUGAAGAAACUGGUUGGUGCAGAUGAUAGCGUUUGUGUGAUUGGUGUAAUAGGCAAAGGUAGUCAUGGCUACAGGUCAAAAUCACUUGUUAUCAAUGGGAUACUAUCACAGCCAGUGUUCAAGACAAAGAACUUGAGAAACUUGGAAGAUUCUUCACAGGAGGAAUGUCAUAUUGAAUAUUACUAUGACAACAAGGAAAACAUUGUCUACCUACAUUUAGUUUCUGUUUUUGAUGUCCAUCAUCUCCAUCAUCUAGCAGCCAAUAUUGAAAAUCAACUUUCUAGUAAUGAAUGGCAUCAGUUUUUGAAGGGAAAUGAAGCCUACUUUGCCAGAGCAUUAAUAUUUUUGUUUGUGACAUGUCAUCUUAUUGUUGUUGUUCAUCCAACAAGUGUUUUUGAUAUCUCAUAUGUUCAAAUGUUCAGACAGGUUGAGGCAGCAAGAACUAAGUUGAUUCCUCAUCUGAGUGGAGUUUUGAAAGAUGAAGGGGUGGCACGUGAUUGGCAGACAACUGGUAGGAUGUGCACCCCUAGGCUAUUGUUUAUUUGUCAGAAGAGUGGUUUGUCAAAAGAGGAGGUAACAGAUACUCCAGACUCUAAGCAAGUUGGAAGGUCAAGACAAAAGAGAAAGUCUCCAAUACAGAAACUUGAGCACUCAUUAGAAGACCAGAUUUACAAGAUUCUCAGAAAAAGUCGUGUUCUGACAAACAAUAUAUCUCACUGCUUAUUUACAAUCCCUGCGAACCAGGCAUUUGUAUAUAUCCUGAGAGAUGCACAGCAAUUACAAGACCCUGUCCAUUUGCUCAUCUCUAAUCUUAGUGAGAACUUAACCAACACUAGAACAGUGACAAAUAAACUCAGAAGCCAAAAUGAGAUGCGCCGAUCACGGUCUUCCACAUGGUCAUCCGUUGAUGGACCAUCGACUCCUGCAGGCGAAGGUGAAGAUGAAUCUAUGAAGGCUUUUUUAAUGCAGCAUGUAAAGCUGGUGUUACAAAAGAAGGGGUUUGACGAUGGGCUUGUUAGGGGAGCAGUCCCAUCACACCUAGAGGUACCAACUUUGCAAAAGUGGCAUGAGAUAUCCCAAAAAGUGCACGCUUUGUUCUUUGGUGAAAACGUAGACAGUAAGUUGCAGAGUCACUUUAUCAACUUGAAGGCUUCUUUAGACCUGGAAAUGAGAUUUUCUGAUGCACGCUGUGCUAAGAUUGUGCCUGUAGCUAGCCGACUAUAUCAGGAAAAUGCAUCUCCCUUCUACAUCAGCACCGUCCACAGAAACAAGCUAUCGCAAGCAAUGAAAGUCUUCUCUCAGCAGGCCAGAGGCCCUGCCGUAGAGAAGUAUGCUCACCUUCUACUGGAGGAGUGCGAGCUGUUCUGGCAAAAUGGACGACAGUUGUGUGAAGUUGCUAGCCUUACAGGACACCACUGCAUAUUAAAGCUUCAUCUUCUGCCGUCUGAUGUCGUUGAUACUGAACUCGAAGGUCGCCUUCCCAAGAUGCCUCACACCAAUAACAACCGUACACCAUGUGCUUGCAACUGUGGUCGCUUUGUUAGUUUUCGAGAUGAUCCAUUCGAUCUUAAGAUUGCUAAUUACGACUAUUUUGAAGAACUUGCUGAAAAAUGCUGUGGUAAGCUUAAGAAGAUAAGCUUUUCGGUGUAUGUACCGCAGAGGUCAUCCUCAUCAGUAGAGCCUGAGGUCCCCAAGACUUCACCAGAUGACAAACGAUCGUCAGUCUUAGAAAGCAUAGACCAUUCUAAACUUGAUAAUGUUACAAACAAUGCUGUAUGCAGCCCAGCAUUAAGUCUAGGCCAGUCAGGGGGAAGUGAUGUCUUCACCCAUUACAACUCUAGCCUAAGUGUCAACGAAGCAGUAAUCACAGAGAGAGGUAAACUGGUAAAGCAACUGUCAAUGGCAGAACACCUGAAGGGGAUGACCUGCACCACCUCACCUGCUCACCUGCUGCCCAGGUUCUCAUCCUGGUCGCUGCUCUGUCUCGGAAAAGCCAGUUUAUACAACCCUGCUAAAGGACUAGAGCAGCCUGGAUUCUUACGGGACUCAAAUUAUCUGCUCCCAUGGGACAUACCUGUACCCAAAGGUAGCCAUCUGGAUCCAUCAUGGCCUGCCCCCGGGGAAACCGGAGGAAGACGAGGUGGAAGACAAAGAGAUAAAAGACCCCACCGUGAAUCGUCAGGUGAGAAUGUGAUUCGUGCCUACAUCGGCAAUGAAUUUGAAUGUCCACGUGGACAUCGCUUUAUCUGCUCUAGCCCCGACAAGAUUGUCAAAGCCACUAAUGCCGUUUUGAAGGAAACAGCCACCAAGUUGGUUCAUUUGGAUAUGCCAAUUUAUUUUCCAUGCUCAUGCAGAACAACCAAGCCGCCAUUAGGACAGCUUCUUCGUACAUUCAUCGUGACACCUGACGUGCCCCUCUACAUAAAGAUCAACCCUAGGGUCCGUCCGGGCUCAUCCUAUACGCCUACAUUUUACCCAGAAGGCUGUGCUGAUGGUGUAACCUUGACAAGGAAUGCGUUUUGGGUUUUGAGAUAUCCAUAUGUUUAUGUGAGUGAAGCAGGCCCUGUGCCACCUCCUAAGGAUAACACACCACCUCCAGGUAGCAAGCAGCUCAAAGGUCUUUUCCAGACCACUACCAAGGCUCCUGAAUGAAGGGCUAGGAUGAACAACAAGGCUUAAUUAGAGGCAAAACCCUCAUAAAGUGUUUUGUGCGAGGCAGUGGAUCCCUAGGCCUGAAGAAGUUGAGAUUGCAAGGUAUCCUAGGCUUAGGAAAGUGGAAGAAAAAGAUGACUCAACCUGAGGCAGGAUUCCAGGUAAUUUGUUGUAACAGAAGAUUUAUGAAAAACAUCAGCUCAUCAGAUUUGAGUGAGAAUCAUGUGAUGAAAGAAAACAGCAACAGGUGUUAGUGCUAAUUUGCAUUAAAAUGAAUAAUUCACCUGUUAAAUGUGCUGUAAAAUGAUGUGGAAGCACAUUAGAUGGAAGAAAUUUAUAAACAAGCAUUCGAAAAAGCAUUUUUAUAGAUAACAUGUGGAAAAAUUGUCUACUUUUUGUCUCCAAAAAGACCUCAAGUAGACUACUAGAAAUAUAUACGGAAGAAAGUUUGCAGAAUUGAUGCAAUCUAGUCUAUAUUAGAUAGGCUCUUUCUGUUGCAAAGAUGUGAUUUUGAGAAACAUUGUAGCAUAAAAAUCUUGGGUUAAUUUGCAGUUGUGAUUAUUCAUGGGAAAUACUAAAGAUUCUAGUAUUUUUAGAUUAUUUUUAUUAAUUACUCUUUAGCUUUUAGAUCAAGUGAAUGUCAUGUAGACAGUAUUUAUGGAUUCUCUUCAAUUUUCUUUGCUUUAGAUGCAUUGCAUGUAUGCAUAUCCACAUGUAUGUUAGCACAUUGUUCAUGUAUGGUCUAUGUUGUGUAGUUGUUUCCCAUACUUAUGAUUGGAAAAAAUCAUAAUACAAAAACAAUUUAGAUCAUGAAAUAAUUAUAUAAAUUCAACUUAUAAUACCAAACAAUAGUCUUGGUGUGAUGUGGCGUAAAAUAUAUUUUUCUUAAAACUACCAUCUUUAUAUUAUACAGGCAUGUUUAAUAUCGGGUGAUUUAUUAACCUUUUUCAAAAUUAAUUAAUUUUUAAAUUAAUUAACAUAUCCUCAUUGAAAAUUCUAAGGCAAUAUACCACCUUGGCUACUCUCUGUUGGUGGGGCAACCAAAAAGCAAUCAAAUCUUGAUGGUGGACAAACAUUAGUAUAUGUUCUCAAAAACCUGGUAUACUGUACACACAUUUUUUGAAACUGAUUAUUGAAUUUCUUUAGUAUUAAAUCAAUGAGUCAAUUCUUUCUUAGAUGAUAUUUCAUGGGAUGCAGGCUAAUCUCACAUGGAUGUGCAUUCACAUAGGGAGCAUGGAAAUCAUACUAUAUUUUUCCUAACACCAAACGUGUAGUGUAGCAUUUUUUCUUAUGUGAAUAUGGUAUAAGUAUCUGUUUUUAUUCAUUUUUAAUUAAUAAGGCAAGAAUUGCCUAAGCAAGUCUAAUAUUAGGUGAUUUUUCUUUAUAAUACUAAUCAUUCACAAAUGGUCUAUUGAACAUAAGGAAAUUGAUAUUUUUUCAUGAGAAAAUGUCUAGUCACUUGACAGAAUUGAGCCUAGGACACUUAAGCUUUCAUUUGACAAAACAUAUGACAUGCCUAAAUAUGGUCAUGAUGACAUCACAUGACCAUAUAUAGGCACAUCAUGACUAUAUAUGGGUGUACAACAGUUUUUUGUCAAAUAAAAUUUGAUAGUGUGGAUAGGUCUUUGAGUAGAGAUAUUUAAGAAGUAGUGGUGCUUGGAGGAGUUGAAUCAGGAUUAUGGGAUGGCUAACAGCUCUGCUCCAUAUAUGUCACUCUCAAUGUUUCAACAAUAGAAAAUAAACUUUAGAAGAGAUUGAAUUAUCAAAAAGUCUAUGUUUUGUAACAAUUUUAACUUAAUAAUUGGGAAGUAUAAUUGAAUUUUUAAAAAAUUAUUGGAAGUAAAACUAAUUAUGUGAACAAAAUAAAUCAUGAGUAAAAUGAA